UAACAAUGUGGCAACGCUGUUUUUGAGAAGAAAAAAAAGUUUUCUCAAAGUUUGACGCGUGCGAAAAUUUUUUCAAUCACUUCAACUGAAAAUUGCUGGAAACAGUUCAUCUCAUCUUUUUUUUUUGGAUUUUCGCUGAAAACGAAGUGAUGCCACCACCACUACGAAACCGACGACAGCAACCGGAGGAGGCUCGUCCUCCUCUGCGUCGUAGCGACCGGAUUAGGCUGCGAAUGGAGGCCCUUAACGAAGCCGCUAGGGCCGAAUUGCUGGCUGAUAGUGAUAGUGAUGAAGCCGAUGCUGGAUCAAGAUCUUUCAUAAGCCGGCUACUCGCAGGAGAUGGCAUCCUACCUCCUGGUUCGCCUCUAGUUAGCGAGGCAUCUGACGACGCAGCCGGAGCUGCCCCAGGACCUUCAAGGGCUCCAUUAUCCCCAAUUCGUGGUCAGCCCUCAAGUGCUCAACCAAGUGCAGCACGCGCAGCCACAGAAAGGAUUCGUCGGGAGCUUAACGAUUUCUGGAAAGAUCCACCCGAUGGCUGCCGCAUCGAAGCUAACGAGAAUAAUGUAUUCCAGUGGAAGGCGGAAAUCGACGGACCGCCAGAUUCACCCUAUGAGGGCGGGAUAUUUAAACUUAAAAUUAUCUUUCAUGGGGAAUAUCCGUACCGAGCUCCGACAGUCACAUUUACCACACGCAUCUUUCACUGCAACAUCUCGCUGGGCGGCAUUAUUUGCCUGAAUAUUUUGCGAGCUGAUUGGUCGCCAGUCCUAACAGUGGCUUCCAUUUUGAUAAGCAUUCGAUCGAUGCUAACUGAUCCGAAUACAGAUGAUCCCCUGAUGCCCGACCAUGCUGCCGUGUACAAGGAGAACCGCCUGGCAUACGACUCCACAGCGCGCCUCUGGACUAGCAUAUAUGCCAAGCCAGAAUCGGAAUCCUAACAGACCGGAAUCAACAAUUACCAACAUGUAAAUCAACUUUUUGAUUUCUCAAUUUCUGUACAAUUAAACUAACA